GCGGCUUGGCUUUGGUUUUUUUUUUUCCCUCGCCGUUGAUUCAGUGGGGAAAUUUCAACACCAGCAACAACUCCAAGUCACACUCUCAUAAUCUAAUGCUCUGGUGAAUGAUACCCUCUUGAUGUAAUUCUCGUUUGGCGUUGGGUUUUUGUAAUUGUUUUUUGUAUUUCCCUCUUGGAUCCUUUCUGUGUAGCCGACCAUGGCUUCCUCAUUUAUUACCCGCGCAACCUCGGAUUCGCGGUUCCAGUUUGCUGCUACGGCAUUGCUGUCUGGAGCUGUCGCUGCGGGCGCAAUCCUUAGCUAUCAACGCGUAGCCAAGGAGGAGCGCCUGUCCAAACUCAAAAGCUCGAUUCCUGCGCCCGAUGAAGAUGGCGACAUGUCGAGAAGUCAGCAGCUUACCGACUUCGGCGCAACACUGCCCACGAACCCAGACAAGGAAGACCUACGGAAUGCGGCAUUAGCGCGUCGGGCCAUGGCGGGAGACUACGACGAGGAGCUGAUACUGGAGCAACUGGCGCGCAACGCCGUCUUCCUCGGCGACGAGGGCAUGACCAAGCUGCGCCGCUCGUUUGUCAUAGUGGUCGGCUGCGGAGGCGUGGGAUCGCACUGCGCAACCUCCCUGGCGCGCUCCGGCGUCGGCCGCAUCCGCCUCAUCGACUUUGACAACGUCUCCCUCUCGUCGCUGAACCGACACGCCGUGGCGACGCUGGCCGACGUCGGCACGCAAAAGACGGCCUGCCUCAAGAGGCGCCUCGUGGCCAUCGCACCCUGGAUCCGCUUCGACCUGUGCACCGAAAAGUUCGAUUCCGAGGCCGAGGAGAGGCUGCUGGGGCCGUGGGCGGAGGACGGCGCCAAGCCCGACUUUGUGGUGGACGCCAUCGAUAACAUCGAGACCAAGGUCGAGCUGCUGCGCUACUGCCACGAGCACAAGAUCCCCGUCAUCUCGUCGAUGGGUGCCGCGUGCAAGGGCGAUCCGACCCGCGUCAUGGUGGGAGACGUCGGCGUUAGCACCGACGACCCCCUCUCGCGCGCCACCAGACGCAGGCUCAAGCUGCUGGGCAUCACGAGCGGCAUCCCCGUCGUGUUCUCGACGGAGCAGAGGGGCGAGGGCAAGGCGGAGCUGCUGCCGCUGUCCGAGGAGGAGUUCCAAAAGGGGUCGGUGGGCGAUCUCGGCGUGCUGCCGGACUUUAGGGUGCGCAUCCUGCCGGUGCUGGGCACCAUGCCGGCCGUCUUUGGCUACACUGCUGCGAACCACGUCAUUCUCAGCAUAACAGGAUACCCGACAGACUACGCACCAGGCAAGUCCCGCGACAAGCUUUACGACCAGGCGUUGGCAUCCCUCCAAGGAACCGAGGCCAAGGUGGUUCGUAGUUUCAACGGCGGCAACGCGGAUAUCGUCGUCGGUCUACGGACGCCGCUGAGCCCCGGUGACAUCGCCUUCAUGAUCGAAGAGGUCUUCCGCGGGAGGAGCGCCAUCACGGGCAUCGCGACGCGUCUGGUCCUCGUGCGGUGGAGGAGGCCGGCGACCGACCCCUUGAUGGUGAUUGAGGGCGCACCCGACGACGACGGCCCACAAAAGUCGGCACCGGCGCCACAAAAGUCGACGCGCCUCCGGCUGAGCGACCUCGUGUGCAUGACCAAGGACGAGGCCAUGGUGCACCUGAGGGAGGUUCUCCUCGCCGGCAAGCAGCCCGAGGAAAUGUACGAUGCCGAGACGGUGGAGCGCGUCAACAUGAGGCUGAGCGAAGCGGCCGGCUACGAAAAGUUCAGAUAGAGUAGGCGGACAGAAGCAUUAUAGGGUGCUUUUUGGUGGUCAAUUUUCCUCUCCACGACCAAGAACAAAAUAAAGACAAUAGAAAAAGACCCAGACCCGUGCGAACUGGUGCGACCCACCAAUGUCCUAGACCAAAAUGGAAAACCAGACUGUGGUCAGAAUUUCCACAGAUGGCAGCCAACUCCAUAACAACCCAUCAAAUCGGCGGGCAAUCUGUGAUGAUAUGGCAAAGGGCUUUGCGAGGCAAUGGAAUGUUAGCAACACGCGGAAACAGCUCAUCAGAUAACCACUAGAAAAGGCCAUGAAAAAGAAGAAGAAAAAAAGAAGAAAAAAGACAUCAGGGGGGCUCAACUUACCACAGGCCACACCCAACGUGACCAGUGUGAAAAUGCUGUUGCAGUCAAGCGCGCAUGGGUGAGGGGAGCAUGAGAUUUUGUUGUUCUUUGGCUUCCUGGCCCGUCUGCGUGCGCCCUUUCUUCUUCUCCGGCUGGGCCCGAGCGCCGCAAGCUCGCCCCUGGUCACCAGCUCCGUGAUGGUUGAGUUUGAGGUUGCCGGCUGCUCCGUGAAUGCCAGCCCCGCGGCCUGUGGGUCGGCGAAUGUCGACGCUGAGAUGGACGCUUCCGGCACCGCGAGGCCGUGGCCCAGUACGGCGAGGGCCGCGACGGUGGCGGCAGCGGUGGUGAUGCCGGGGAUUCUCAUAUCUGUGGAACUUUGGGGGAUGGUUCUUUUGGGGGGGGGGUGUGCCUUGUCAGGACUUGAUUUGGUCAACUGGGCUGGCUCUGAAGAGGCAAUGAAACAGACAAGACAGGUUUGGUAUAGAGAGCGUGGUGAUCUUGGGUGAAGAUACUGAACGGGGGAGAGAAAAGUUGAGAAUUGGGGAGAGUCUUGUGUUUCGAUUCUUGACCUGAACAAAAAAGGUUUACCAUGCACCAAUCCGAGGAAAACAAACUGGAAAGGCCGGUUCACUGCACAGUGACUGGUCAAUCUUUUUGCCUUUUCCGCGGGACGUCCUCAUGCGUUAGACUAAACUAUGAAGUAUAGGUACAUAUUUUUGCCAUGAAUGGCAUAUGGCCAAAGCUACAUCUAGAGGUGGCGCUUGGUAAAAAAAAAAGAAAAAAGAAAAAAAAAGGUAUCACGGGAAUCUACAUGAAGGGAUUGAACUCUUGUCCGAGGGGACACCUGUUGGAUGCAAAGAAGUCAUUCUUUCGCCAGGGCGCCUUUAUGGCCAUCACUGCCAGCAACGCGAUAAUCAACAGUCUUUGACCGGCGCCGUGUAUCAGAGACAACAGCGAGAACACUCGCAUGGAUUCUGCCACUGGUGCCAUGCACAUGAAAAGCUUGUCAACAGACAAGGUGGCGAAAUAAGGCCUUUGUGGCAAGAAAAGUAAUAGGAAUAUUUGCGCAAUAUGAUCAGGGACAUUUAAUUCGUGUCCAUACACUUUUGAGCUUGUCGCCAAGAGGUGGGUGAUUUGGUGACUGGGAGGCUU